AUGGUCAGAUCACUCAUCACAGAUACGGAAACGGAUAUCCCGCCUCCUUAUGAAAUAGCAAUGCGAAGUGACCCGCCUCCUGUUUCUCGUCUUGACCGGUCUCCAACUUACCGAUCAAUCGAAACUCCAAACUUUCCUCCUCCUCCAUUUGAUAAUUCCUGGGAUGAAUAUGCUUCUCAAAUUCAUGGCCUUGAAAACACAGCCACUAUGGACCUGUGUGGUGAUGGUAAUCAUACAGUCCGGUACUCUCGGCCCGUUAUACCUCAAACACCUCAAACCAGUCUCACCAUCAACCAGCAACAACAACAACAACAACAACAACAACAACAACCAGUUCCUGAAGCCCAAGAACCUAUCGUUGAAGAGCCUGAUGAUAGCCCUCAAACAACUCCAACAACUCUUUCAACUGAAUCUUUAACUCUUUUCAACAUCCAGCACCCACCACGACUACCACCACUACCGCCAUUACCACAAGAAAGACCGCCAAGUUCAUCACAAAGCCAAGGCUCAGCGCCAAGUCCUCAACCCUCGGAAUUCCAACCUUUUGCUGAACCUUCAACAAACCAACCAGAUCAAAGAAAACGCCCACAAGUCCCUACCCAACGUCCCUUAAGACUCAGGCAGCAACCGCUUCAACAGCAGCUACCGCAGCUACCGCAUCUACCGCAACCUGUGCAACAACCAACGCAAUCAGCUCCACAAGUUCUCCAAGUUGUUGCUGCUCAGCCAGUGACCGCUACAAACUCUUUUGCUAGCAAUACCAUACAAGGAAAUACCCAAAUAGAACAGCAAUCUACAGUUGCCCAUCAAAGCUCAACAAAUUAUCUUGCCCAAACAGAGACCCUGAGAAUCGGAACUCACCACGGAGAAGCCAUCGGCCACCGUGAACCGCGUCAGGACACAACCGUGACCUUUUCUAGGUCUUCCUCACCAUCUUUACGCUCGUUAUCUACAUCUCCUUCAUCUUCUCCCACUUCAAGUAUGCUUGAUCUGCGCUCGGAAAUCUCAUCACUCCACAUUGACCCCCAAGAAACUUCUCACGUCCAUGCGCCCAUCCCGCAACGAAUCAUUGCAGCUUCCACCGUACGUGAACUUUCUGGGUCUCCACACGGUUCCACAGCUUCAAUGUCUGUUGAACUCCAACCCGAUCAAGCUUCAUUAUAUGGGACUCAAGGUGUCGGUGUCUCGGUUCACGAACGCACAGGUUCUAUAUCUUCUUUUAAUGCCCCAUCCAUAGCCUCAUCAACUAGAGAUUAUUAUUACAGCCAUGAUGAUAACAUCUAUGGUAAUAAUUCAGCUCAAUCACACCGUCUGGGCCAUCGCGUGGAUUCCUUUGCUUCAUCCAUCGCUUCAUCAAUUGCACUUUCAGUAGCUCCGACUCGUGGAAACCAAGCCCCCACGCGCUCUGCAGACUACUCGCAAUACCCGGCUUAUCAAACUUCCUAUUCAAGCGCUGAGCCGUACUUGCAGAGUCCGUACCAACACCAAUACAUGACACCUUCUCCGGAUCAAGAUCAAAGCAACACUUCAUCGUCUUCUUUCUCCAUUCCGUUUCAUCAUCCAUAUCAUGCUCAUUCUCAGUUCCCUGCUGCACAGCCAUCGCCUCACACUCCGUCUGUGUCGUUUGCAUCUGCAUCUGGUUCUUUGGAGCAUGAGCUCCAGCAUCCAACAAAUAUGGGGUAUUACUCUGAGUCCACGGACAAUCUUGGAAGUGUGACGCCUACUGUUUCUCAUUAUAAGGCUGCGGACAGUGAAGAUGAUGCAGUGUCUGAGAUAGAAUCACGAUCAAGCACACCGGAACCAGCAAGUGCCAUUUUGGGCACAGGAGAGUACCAGGAAGGUAUCCCCAUGGCCAGAGUGCCAAUCGUUAGUUCUCCGGAACCAGCAACAGCUCAGCAAACAGUGACUCCUCAAACUGCGUUUCAACAACAGUAUACUGCUCCACAAAGUGUUCUUAUUCCACAACCCAUACCAGUGCAGCAGCAACAAGCCCCUAUUCAACAAUCAAUAUCAAUACAACAACAAAUCCCUGCUCAACCAAAUGUUUCCAAUCAACAGCCUGCUUCAGGAUAUGAUGAUGAUGAUGAAUAUAUGGUACGACCAAUUGGCGAGUCGACUCCUUCUUUUGACUCCAUGGCUUACUCUUGCCUUGAAUCUGUUCAUUUGCCUAUUCCCUUUGACUCGUCGUAUUCAGCCUGGCCAUCCUCGUCUCUGGCUGGUCAAACUGAUUUGCCUAUAAUUCCCAAAGUUAGUAUGGAAGACGAUGAUGAUGAGUGUGGAAACGGUCCUAUGUCUUCUGUUCCCACUAAUGUAGUUCAGCAAUCUGCUUCACCGCAACAAUCUGCUUCACAGCAACAAUAUCCUUUGCAGCAGCCAGUUUCUCAACAACAGGCUUCGCAACCAGUUUUACAGCAGCCCAGGCAAACAUCGCAAAGUCCAGUAGUCUCGAUACCCAUUACACAACCAUCUGCUUCAUUUUCUGCUUCUGCUCCAUCAAUCUCGGUAUCUGACUUUUCACCAAUAAGCCCACAAGCCCAAGUGAUUCCACCUCAUCUCCAACCUCAACUUCAACCUCAACCUCAACCUCAACCUCAAUACCAUGAACCUCCUACUGUGCAAUUUCCUGUUUCUCCAUCAGAGUCAAAUGCCUCGCAAACUACAGAGUCUCACGCUGCACGAAUCAUCGCUACACAUUUCCGUCAAGCCCCAUUCCCAAUUCCUUCACCCGUCAACUCGCGCGAGCUUACAGUUGUUCCACACGACUCGGGUAUUAUACAGCCCUCUGAUAGUUGUCUGGCUCUUACUGUUGCGCAGCAGCCCGGCUCCCUUGCUCCUCAAAUAGGACCCCAGGCUAUUAUUCCUUCACCACAACCUUCUCCUCAGUUGUCACCUAACUUGAACUUGACAAACACAGCUAGCUCUAGUGCCAGUUCGUCUACAAGCCCGCAUCCACGUGAACGCAAUUCCAUGUCGUCAAUGAAUAGCGAUGUCAGCGUUUCAAUUCUUGUUACUCCAUCAUCUGAUUCUACAGGAGCGUUAAGACGACUCAGCAAUAUUUCAUCACGAUCGUCGCGCCGCACUUCUACAACUAGCUCCAAAAGUACCAACACAACCUGCGAAAUUGUGACUGAGGUUCCUUCUGCACUCAAUAGUCCAAAUCGAGCACCUAAGGACCUCAAGUUUGAAAUUACAGCACCGCAAAAAACAUAUGAUCUUGGUGACAAAAUAUCAGGGGUUGUACACUACACACCGACCGAGGAUAGACCUAUCAAGAGCAUUGCUGUGGCACUGGUCUUCAACGAGCUGCUACUUGGGAAAAAACUAUGCACGCGCACAGUCAUGCUGGCUGUGUGCCACAUUAACCCACAACCUGCUGGUUCACCUGUCGUCACGUUUGCCAACCGUGGCGACGAGUUUUCAUUUCCAUUUGAAGUCACUGUUCCAGAGCUGCUCCCACAUAACCCGAGUCAACUCCCCAACCCGCUCCCUCUGCAACAACGAUUACCACCCUCAUUUACAUUUGUUUCUGAAACGCAGGCAUUCCCGUUUGUGCAAGUAGCUUACUCACUGCGUGUAAUUGUGGAGCAGGAAAAAGAGCUUGGACCAGGAAUUAAUAUUGCUACUUACAAAUCAAACACAAUGAUUGAUAAUUCAUUUACAAUCACACUUUUGCCAUCAUACGCACCUGCAGAUUUCCGAUCUUCAAACGACACACCUGGAGGCAAAGUUCGUCGCGUUUGCAAAGGUACGGGAACCGUGAUUAACCGUGGAUUCCUGCGUACAUCCAUUACUUUUGGUAUCCAAGAAUUGCAUGUGUUAGGAUUGCAAACGUUUGCGCUUAAACGUACCGAGAACCCAGUCAUUGUUAAUACACCAGGGGUUUUGAAUUCGCAAUCAACAACUGCCCAAGUCAAUCGUCGUUUUAGCAUAGACUCGCUUAAUAGCCAAAGAUCAUCAUCUUCAGACAAUAAUCUAAGCUCAGUUACAUCUAAUAGUAGCGCAAGCAGUUUGGUCAAUUGUCCUCAACUUGGAGAUAUAGAGAUGUGCUCUACUAAUGACGGCCGUGCCAUUCGCCUUUAUCUUAUUUUCUUUCCAAACCCAGAUCUGCACCAUGUGUCACUUCCUUUGAUUACAGGUAUUUCGGUAAUUCUCAAGUUUCGGUUACGAGUAUCAACAAAGGGGCCAUUCACACAGUAUCCUGCACCAACCCCCAUGACUAGUAGUAAUAAAUCCGACGGUUCCUCUCGUCACAACAGCAACGGAUCUUCCUCCUCAACUUCUUCAACAACUGCAUCUCAAAUACUCCCUGGGGUUUUGGAGCAUUCUCAAAAUGUCAUCACUUUGGAAAACCUGCGAACCUCCAAGUGGUCUCAACUUCGGCCCCCAUCACAUCUUAACCCAAAAACAAUCAUGUACGGGUGCACAGCCAUCAUUCCAUUGACCCAUCUGCGCGAGCUUCAUACAUCGCCCCAGUACCGUGCAUCUAAUCAUAAGUUGCAAGUCGUCCCGACAUUUGUGUCAGCAUACGUUGCCCGUGAGUACGAGGCUGAAAUCACUGUUAAUUGCGACCCGCCGAAGGCAGUUAAGGUUGUAGUUCCGGUUAUAGUUACGGCUGAUUCAUUGCCAAAAAGCCAUGCUCCAUUUGCCCAAAAUGUGGUUUAA